CAUGCUCAAUUUGAGAGAAUUAUAAGAGUUACGCCAAUUAAAUGAUGAGAGAAAGGCAUUGACAGAUAGAUAUGGAGUUGGAUACAAUCAACCACUUUCUGCUAGAAAUGAAUAUAAUGGUAAGUAGACAUUAAGUGCAUGGGAUCCUAUUACAAAUAAGCCUUAAACACUUAUUGUUAAUAAUGGAUCUGAUCCUAUUGUUCUAGAUCAUAAUAUACCUAGACAAGUAAUCAUAUUUUAUUGAUAUUAAGGAAAUCACAAAAAAUAUUGUAUUUUAGAAGGGUUUCCCUUUUUAGAAUAAUUAACCUUUAACUAAGAAUUAUUAAGUCUAAAUUUAAGAUAUACCAACAUCUAUUUCAAAAAUCUAAACUUCAAAACUUCUUCCAUAAAAUUACAUGCAUGAAUAUCAUCAUAGACAAAGACCUUAUUAACUAAAAAGUGUAGAAGAAAUAUUAAGACCUUGGAAAGCAAAAGAAAUUAUGUAUAAUAGAGAAUUAAAAAAUUUAUAAGAAUAAAUUAACAAAGGAAAUUAUACUAUGACAGAUAAAAGAACUUUGAAAGUAGAUAAUGUGGCUAAGAAAUUAGAGUUAUAAAAUGAAGUUUAAAAAUUGGAAGCAAUUUUAAAAAAUAAAGAUGAAGAAAUUACUAGAUUAAAAAUUAGAAGUUAAGAAAUAGAAGAAAAAUAUAAUGAAUUAUCUGAAGAAAAUUCAACAGAACUUAAUAAAUAUUAAAAAGAAUUGGAAGAAUGGAAAAAAAAGUUUAAAGAUCUUAAUAACUUAUAUCAUGAAUGUGAAGAAGAAUGUACAAUGAAAGAAACUGAAAUUGAAAGUUUAAAAAAAAGAAAAUUAUCUGUGAUUAAAACAUAAACAGUUUAAAAAGUUGGAACUAAACCAUAAAAAAAUAUGGAUAGUCCAAGAGCAAUUAUUUCUACUGUAAGUGACAAAGAUUCAGAUUAUUAUUGA